UUUACCAUUCUGCCAUGUUUAUGCUCUGAUUGUGGUGCAAAGCCCUGACGGUUCUACUACUAGCAAGCUGGUUGUUUGAAACCCAAAUCGUAAAAAUCUCAAUGCAUUUCUCAAUCAUAUAGCCUACUAUAACCCCUAUACAUCGUGGAAACGGUAUUGCGUAAUGGCGGCAAGUGCCCAAGGUCUUGUCUUUUUGAUAGCAGAUGAUGGCUUUGAUGAGUAUGACAAACCAGGUGCUGAGAGGUCCCGCAGAAGAAGAGGAGAGGAGGAUGACGAUUUAGAGAGUGAUUUUGAGGGUGAUUUGUUGGCAGAAGAUUGGCUGACAUCUAAAAAAAAUCCUUCAGAGGCUUCAGAUGAAGAGCUGAAUGAUGACCUUCUGCAGAGUGACGACGAAGAUCAAAACAUAAGCGGGCAUGGCGGGAGCCUCAACGCCACUCUGGGUGGAUGCCUUGACCAGCAGGUCAACACAGAUGAGGCGGUCAACCUGGGGCAGGAAGGCUACGAGGAGGCGGAGCUGGGUGGCUAUCUGCAGGAGGGGGACGAUUACACCGGUGAGGAGGAGCAGGAGGAGUACAUCGGCCUGCCCGACGACGCAGGACUGGCUGAAGACCAGAUGGAGUAUUCUGGAGAGCAGGAAGAGGUGGACCAGCUCUACCAGGACGAAGUGCUUGACAUUCAAAUCAAUGAGCCCAUAGAUGAUGAAUUUCAAGUUGAUGAUUACUCGACCAGCUUUGGCGAUGAGCGACUGGAGGAGCAGGUAGAGGAGCAGCAGCAGGACCAGGAGGAGGAGGAGGCACCUGAGGGGGAGGAAGAGGAGGCGGCCGACGGCUCCCAGUUCCCCGACACAGACGAGGUUGAGAAGGAACAGGAAGCUGAGGAGGACAUGAAGGAAGAGUCUGACGAAGAGGAGGAAGAUGACGAAGAGUCCGGACGGCUGCGCUUCAAGACCGAGCGAAAGGACGUCAGCGUUGUGCGGCUGGCCGACGCAGCGAGCAAACGAAGAAACAUACCUGAAACACUAGAACUCUCCGAGGAGGCCAAAGCCGACCUGAUGGAGUUCGAGGAGCAAGAACGCCAACGGAGGCAGGGUCGCUUCGGUGGUCGAGGAGGACGAGGAGGACGGGGAGGGAGAGGGAUGUUUCCUGGGUUCGGGAUGGGGGACUUCCGGGGUGGAGGAAGAGGAAGAAUGAAUGACCAGAGGAUUCCAAUGAUGCCUCUACACAUGGGCAUGCAGCUGUCUCUCUCUAGAAUGCCCCCUCCUCACCACCACCAUCACCCUCAUCAUCACCAGCACCACCACAACACUCCAAACUCUCUCCUGGAACACGGAGGUCCUCUGGCCCAGCAGCCCCUGCAGCCCCUCAUCCCCCCCCACAUGGCCCACCGCUCGACCCCCACACAGGGCUCGCCGGCCCGGCCGCAGAUGGUACCGCAGGCACGCGUGAUGAGCUCCCCGCCGUCCAGCAACCCCCACCCACAGCACCAGAGCCAGCAGCACCAGAGCCAGCAGCACCAGAACCAGCAGCACCAGAACCAGCAGCACCAGAGCCAGCAGCAGGCUCCACAGCAGCCCAAGAACAUCCACAUCAACCCCCAUUUCAGGGGCCCCUCCUCAUCCCCUGCCCAAGUGCCCUUGAUGCCGCCUGCUCAGAGCCAGCCCAGACCUGCCGUGGGUCCUCAGAGGUUCCCUGGACCUGGGGACUUCCAGCAGCACAUGCCUGGCAGCUUUGGCCAGCCCCAGCGGCCCCCCCAUCACAUGGAGCCCUGGAGGAACCAGCCCCCUCCGCCCCUCCAGGAUAGAGAGCCUUUCUUCAUCGGCUCCCGUCUAACAGAGCCGCGGUUUCCAGGGCAACACAUGUUCGACCACCCCAACUCCUCCCCUCUGAUGAACAGCAACAACAGCCACCACCAGCAGGUACCCAGCCAGGGUCACCCUCCGUUCGGCCAGCCGGCCUUCAACCAGGCGGGCCAGGGCCCGGGUCCUCUGGGCCUGUUCCAGAGGGAGCCCCCCAGACCCAACCUCCCUCCCCAGGGCCACCAGGGCAUGGGCGGGCUGGGCCAGCACGGUGGACCCCCCAACAACCGCCAGUUCAUGGGGGGCCCCGGCCUCCGCCAGUCGUUCCCCCCGCAGCAGAACCCCUUUAACGCUCAGCAGCUUCCGUUUGGGAUGCAGGUACGGAUGAGAGGCUUGAUGCACGGCCCCCCUCACUCGCAGCUCUCGCGCCACGACCCGCCGCUAUCCCAUCAGGCCAUGCACCAGCAGCACCAGCAGCACCACAGGCAGGACCUGUCCCAGCCGCCGCCCCACCUGCUUCCUCUGCAGCAGCAGCAGCAGCAGCACCACCCCAGCGAGCAGCAGCAGCGGCCCAUGAUGCACCACUCCCAGGGCCCCUUCCAACAGCAGCUACUCGGGGGCAGCCCCCGCCAGAUGCCCCCACAGUCCCAGAACCCUCAGCAGCAGCGCAGCGCCCCCAUCAGGCCCCGCAUGAGUAAUCCCAAACAGAUGCAGCUUCUUCCCCAGCGAAACAGCAACCUCCGCGAGCUUCCCGUCGCCACCGGCAACCCCGGCAUGAACAGUGCACGCCCCGCCUCCACACCCACCUCCAACGUCAGACCCGUUGCCAGGGCGGCGCCGGGGAUGCGCCCGGGGCAGAACCUCCGGCCCGUGCCCGGCGGGGGCAGAGGCAGAGGCCAGCCCCCCACCAAGUCUCAGGCACCACCCGGGGCCCCCGAGAGAACGGUGGUGAGGAAGGAGAUUCUGAGCGCCCCUCCCAGCGCCACGCCAGUCGACCCCGACGAGGACGAGGAGACGAGGCUGUACCGCCUGAAGAUCGAGGAGCAGAAGAGGCUGAGGGAGGAGAUCCUGAGGAAGAAGGAGAUGAGGAGGCAGAUGCAGGCCGGCGUCAGGAAGAAGGAGCUGCUCGAUCGCAUCACCAGCCAGGGAGCCAAUCAGGGCCCAGGACAAGGUCCAUUUUCCAAUCAGAAUGCAGCAGCACCGUAUCCCCCCCAACAACAACAACAACAACAACAGCAGCAGCUGCCACAGCAACAGCAGAGGCAACAGGCCCCUUUCCCGCCUAAACCCCAGCAACCCCUGGUCUCCCCCCAGCAGGGUUCCCCCUUCCCCCCUAACGGCACCCCACAGACCGCGCAGUCCCGCCAAAACGUUAAGACCCGUUUGCAGAUGGCCAAGGGCGGCCCGCCGCCGCAGCAGCAGCAGCAGCGUCCAGGGCCUGGCGGCAACCAGCAGGAUCAGUGGCAGCAGCAGAGGAGGAAUGCCCCCUUGCAGAACCCAGUCAGACCAGGCCCUCAGUUCCAGAGUCCCCAGGCCCCGCCGGGGAACAUGCCCCUGCUGGAGGGCCCCGGGGCAGUCCAGGACCAGGCCCAGUUUCAGGGGAAUAAAUCCAUCAUGAAAAGGACUGUGAUGCAGCGGUCCAACAGCGGCGGUAGAGAGACUCAACAGCCGCCACAGAAAGUCCGUGUGGUCAAGCUUCUAGGCGGGGGAGGAGACGGGCCCGACGCCUGCGACCCCCUGCAGCAGCAGCAGCAGCCCCCCAGGCCAGGCCCCCCUCUCCGCCAGGGACCCCUGAGGAAGAUCACCCUGGCCAGCCCUCCCGGGGAGCAGCUCCAGAGCCUUGCCACAGCCCUGGAGGCCAGAGGGGGCAUAGGCAGCCCGCAGCCAAACAGGGUGGUGGUUCCGGGUCGGGGCCGAGGCAGAGCCAGAGGCAGAGGGGCAGCGAGCCCCAGUCCGAUUGGCCGGGGCCGAGUAAUACCCACGAGGCCGAACCAGAAGUCCCCAGAGGGCCAGUCCAGCACUGUAUCCAUCGAGGGUCUCUCCUCCUCCACCACCGACACACAGCUCAGGAACCUGCUCAACUCUAUCGGACCCAUCCAGAUGUUCAAAAUGCUGCCCCAGCAGAGGAAAGCCAUCGCCAAAUUUGUCAAUCCCCAGCACGCUCACAGCUUCCAAGUCAGCUUCAACAGGCACAUGAUAGAUUUGUCCCACAUUGACGUGUCGCUGAUUGACGGCUAAGGCGCGAGGAAUCCGGUGCAGGACGCGCCACACACGCACGGCCCCGCCCGGCAGGAACGCUCCCUACGUGUACGAGCAGGUCGCUAGCACACGGCCCUCUGGCACACUACGUCAGCUGGCCCUUCCUCAGACAAGCACCUCGUCCCCCUCGUACAAGCGCCACUCAUCCAUCGUCUGCCACAGUCUGCGGAACUAGGAAGAAAAACGCCAGCAGCAUGUUUUCCGACCCGACAGGACUGUAACUGUUUAUGAACACACUGGAAGAAUAUCUGCUAGAUAAACACUCAGCUUUACUGAUGCAGGUUGUGGAAGAAGGUUUGAUGAAAUCUCUUGCACCCUGCAGAGACAAUAAUUAGCUGUGCCUAUCGACACUAGAUAAUGGUUGCUCCCUCUCUGUGCCACCCGUCAAUAACGACUGACUUGAACAAAGUAGGUUCCCAGGAAAGAGAAUAAUUUGGGUGUAGCGGUUUUGUGUGGGUAGUUGAGAUGAGGCUCCCGUGUUCAUGUUGCGUACAGGCGUUGUUGCGAGAGGAGUGCUGUCUUCCUGCUUGCAUGUUUUUCCCCCACUCCCUGCAAGUGUUACCUCCCUCCUGUAGGUGGCAGCAUCUUAUCGUGAAUCUGGUCUUCCCGUUUGGCAUCGACAGACUGCUUUCAAGGCAGAAAACAUCUUCAAGAUGUCCAGAGAGAGGGUGGGCGGGGGGGGUAAUUGAACAGCCUAGUGGAGAACAUUUGAGAUGUUAAUGGCGACUUAAUGCACCCAUAGUUAUGGUUAAUUACUUCUUGCUGACUGUAUCUCUCCUGUAUCUUUUUUUCAACUGGUAUUCACAGAGUUAAGACAGCAAUUCUGUCUCACUGCCCAGCAACCUUUACCCAAAUUACCUAAUAAUAGACAUUUUGGUUGAUAUAUCUAGUUUGUUAUUCACUCAAGUUCAGUGGUAGGACUACAUUGACUACCCAGUGCCUAUGUUUGUAGCAUUCCUUAAUAGCGGAUUCUGGAUCUUUGAUAAUUGAAUUAGGACUUUUAGCUGUUUGAACUGAAGUAACAUUUGUACAAAAUCUAGAUUUUUCUGUUUCUAGACAUCAUUUUAUUUUUUCAGAAUCAUUGUCUACCUUUGAUUAGUGGGCAUUUGACUUCAAGCACACAUGCUGGAGUAGGCUUUGUUCUGUAGACAGGUUUUAAAGGUUACAUAUUGAGAAGUGGUGGUUAGGUCUAGAUAGCAUUUAUGGCAGAAUAAGUUUAAAGAACAGGGAUUUCCCAAUAUAAGUUGCAACUAGUUUGUAAUUAUUUCUGUUGAAAUAUGAUUGUGGUGAUUUGUUAUGGAGUAAUGGUUCUAUGAAUGGUUCUACUUUUAUUUAGGGUUGGUGAUUUGUGUUGGUCUAUUCAGGAAACAGUUGAAACCUAUUUGGAGUUAAUUGUUUAAGCAGGAUGGUGUUUUGAAUAGCUCAUAUAUAGACAAAACAUGCCCAUCUCAAAUAGGAAACAGAUUUUAAUUUGUGACAUAGUAGAAAGCAGCAAAGCAACUGGUAUGGAUAACAGAACAUAUUUCACUUCAACUUCAGGCAUUUGUAAUGACAGUCAUGAGCUAACAGCACUUUCCAACCUCAGAAAAUGUUAAUUUAAUCAGAAUCUAUUAGAUUUUUUAUUUGACCAGAACCAGAACUUAUGCCAGUAUCCAACCAGUCAGACAAGGCCAUUUCCAUAUACAAUGCAAUUUAAUAUACUCAAGUUCAGCUUGGACCCCCACUUAAUUUUCGAUACAACGUUUUUUUGCUAACAAGAUAAGCCACAGAGCUCUUAACAUCAGAGUCUGAUCGUUAUAAAAGUCAUACAAUUUUGCAACUUUACAUCCAGUGGCAACAAUUUAUCAUGCAUUUAAUAGUGCGGGGGCAACCAUUAUCCAUAUAUUAGUGAUCAUGUAUAUAAAACCAUAACUUUCACUGUGUUUAUCAGUGUUCUCAUAUGUAUACAGUAUGUGCUUUGAUGUAUGUAUCGAGUUAACUUUUUAUACAUAUGAAUAGUGUCCAGACGUUAAUCAUUUUACAAACAUUUAAUUUGUAUGUAGAACCAAAAAGCUAAGACUGGACCACAUUUCUGUUAAUAGGCGUUUGAAGACAUUUUAAAGGUAAAAGGAAAAAAAAAUAAACAACUGGCAUAUAUACCAUGAAACUACAGGUAUGUGAAGCCGAUUAACUUCUAGCCCACAAUGUUUGUGUGUUUUAAUGUCCUCGUUUCUGGUUGCUUUAAGGCAUAGUACUUGUGCCUGGCUUGUUUUUGGUGUGAUAUUUUUUAAUAUGGUCCUCACUGUUUGCUUGGUAAUGUGUCCUGCACUUAUUCCCGGUGUUUUGUGUUUUUACAAAGACCUAUUUUCCACAUACCAUGGGAUACCGAGUCUGAAUAAGAUUAGAGCUCUUAUCUGGUGAUGUGCAUUUCACUCUAAAACGUACACAAUUUUGGGCGACUUAUCCAAGUUGCGAUAUAGUCUUUAAGAAUUCUCAUUUUUAGCGCAAUGAGGAUUUUAUCUUUUGUAGGGAUUUGCAAGUGGAUUUGAUGACUUGUUUGGACAAAAUUUAUGUCCUCAAUAUUCCUAAUUUCUUCACAGAAACGCAUGCAAACACACACUCAGAUUUGACUAUUUUCUUUAUAUCUCACAUUACAUAAAAGUUAUCUUGAAUUUGUAAGUUAGAGCAAUGCAUUAUAUUAAAUACACUUAAUUGGUUUGGUUUGUCACUUGAUCACAUGGUUUAACUGAAACUUUUGACUUGGACGUUGUUUUAUUGUUUUGUUUUUUGUUCCUUUUGUGUUGAUAUCUAAAAUUUGUGAGGUCUUCAUUUUUCAACCUGGUCAACCUGCACUUAUUGUAACAAUACCAAGCACUUAAAUGUUUGCAUUUUGAAUAGGUUUAAAUAUUAAUGGCAAUCCAAUGGAUUUUUUAAGUAUCGGCAAUGCCACUUAAGUCAUGUUAUAAGACUAGUUGUCUUACAACGGCGAAAACAGGUUCAUAUUGGAUCUAUUUGUACUCUGUUUUAAGGGAUUUAUUAUUGUGUACCAGUUUGAACUGGACAUUCCAUCUCCAGUAGUGCAAGUUCUGAAUCUUAAUAAUUAAGUUGGAUCAAGACUAUGCUUCAAGUUACAAAUUCAUAUGCUACUAGUUGUGGAUAUCCCCUUAAUUGCCAACUUUGUUACUUGAUAAGAGGUUUCUUUUAAUAAUUUUCUCUACAGUAUUUUAAAUGUUUUUCCACUAGGUACCUCGCAGGGGAUACAACGUUGGAGGGUGUUUUGUACUUUUUUUACAGGGCCGUGGAAAAGUAACCAUAUGUCUUUUCUUCAUAGGUUGGAUUGUUUCACACUUAAAAUGUAUCAAAGCAGGAUCAACAUUUUAUACAUAAAAAAUUAUGGACAUUUAUUUUCUUAUUCAAAUAUUAAAUCAAUCAAACAUUUGGCAUUUUGAAGAACACCGACCACAGUUGAACUAACUGAUAAUGCAACAUUUCUUGUAAUUUUACAGGUUUUCAUAUAGCAGAUUCUGUAAUUUAUAUUCCAAGCUUUGAUCCUGCAUUGAUAUCCACAGCUCCCAUCUCUGAUGUGUAUAACUUCUUUCAUUGCAGGUGAAACAAUCCCAUGAGAACACCACUGACUUGUUUUUCCUCCCUCAGUAUGUGACCAACACAGACGCAUGGCCAAUAAGCUGGAUUCUGGUUGGGUUCCCAACAACCACUAUCCCCCCGCUUCCUUCUGUUUCCCAUCUCUAACUUUUAACCAAUGUCUUUUUUCUUGUUGCUGCUUCUGUUGAGCCAACUCCACCCCUCUGUACCAAGCUGGGGGGGAGGGGUAUGCCAAGGGGAACUUGCCAGGAUUGCCCAUUGUGUGUUAGCUCUAUGGAUGGAAGUCAUUCCAUCAUAGUGACAACACCAGGGGGGGGGGGGGGUCACCUGUCUGACACUCUGUAAGCCACAGGGUUCUUCUCAGCCCCAAGUCACGUCAACUCUGCUUGGCACUCACUGUUUGGUCGGAUUUCGAGAAAGACAAGAUUCCUAGAAAAUAUUUCUAUGCUCCCGAUAAUGCUUAUCAAUUACUUGAGCCUGUUUUGUACCACGACCAGUGUAGCCACAAGGCUGUGUUUACUACUGUGAUGUAAGCAAAUGUUAAUACAACAAUGUUGGACUGUUUCAACACCAAAUGUGCAAUAACUUAAAUGAACCACAAUGUACUACACUGUUGAAAUGUUUGAUGGCAUGGUCGAUUUUUGAAACAAUAAACUUAA